UUUAAAAUUUGGUUUCAAUAAUUAGUUCGUAUUGUAUUGUAAAAUAAAAGCGUUUUGUGCAAUGAAGCUCAGUACUAUAACGUUUGUUAUAAGCCUUUGCAUGGUGAUGUUUGUUAAUCAGUGCUCUUCGGACUCCCUUCAAGUUGCUAUCAAAGUAUUGCCUGUUUUAGGCAUGAAAUCAGAUCAACGGAAGAAACUUUCUGCUGGAUUGAAUGCUUUGCAAGUAGCUUCUAGAAUUUUUAAAUCUGACAAAAAAGAUGAUGACAGUGAAAUUCAACCAUUAGCCGAAAAAAUAGAUCUCAAAGAAAUGCGAACAGCUAUUUUGGAUGAAUUUAAAACUAUGGAAACACUAUUUCUUCAGGAGUCUGCUAGAAUAAUUCGUGAACUAACAAUGGCAAUUGAGACAAAUGGAUUUUUCGAGGAUUUAAGUCAAACUGUUGACUAUCUUCAGAGGACAUUUACGGAUAUGAUGAAUGUUGUGAUAGAUCCCAAAAUCAAAGGAACACAAAAGCGUCUCAUUAUGAAUGAUAUGUUGAGUUACACCAGUAAUUAUAGGAACAAAUUGAGAUCAUUUAUAAGUAAAUUCAUUAAACCAAAUGUCAAUGAAAUGAUGCUGCUGAAGCCAGUUAAAUUAUUCUUUGAUUUUAUAUUGGAAAAAGAAGCUUAUUUGGCUUCUGAACAAAACGAUUGUGGUACAGAUUCAAUGCACAACAAAAUUUACAAAACUUUCCUCCUUCUGUUUAAUAUUCUAACCGAUGGCUAUAGUAUGGCUGUAUCAGCUCAUAUUGUAAAAUAUCAAGAAGAAUUGAAGAAUAACGAUGUUUCAGUCAAGUUACUCGGCAAAAACGCUCUUUCACUUAUUAAGGAGUACAAGAAGGAUGCCAGAGCAUUAAUUGAGACCACUGAAUCGGCUUUAAAGAAAGCUUCUCGGGAAAUUCGAAAUUGUGGAACAUUUGACUUGGUAGAAGGAAAGACAUUUGAGCGGGUAUCGAUUAGUCACAUGCUCCCUAAAAUUUUCUACUUUGAGUAUAUAGAUGUUUUCUAUUAUAAAUGCAAAUCAGAAGAAGGUUUUGCUAAUAUUACAAAUUAUGACUUUGUUUCGUGCAAUAAUUACACUGACAUUAUUCCAUUUGGUUCAGAACUAACGAUAAUUCCUGAUAUUAAAAAUCGAAAUAUUGGUAAGGGUCCACUUAAUUUUAUGAAAAUCGUACUACCCGAUAGAACCGAAGAAGUAUUUGGACAUCCUAUGAAUGAAGAGGGACCAGAAUUGCGUUAUAAUUUCAAACAGCAUCCGGAAUGUCACACAAAUUUCUGUACAACUUACAAUAGAAAUGUUUACGCCAUUUCUACCCAACGCGUUACAGCCAGCCCUGGAAAUGUCAUCACAGGAAUGCGUUUUGGAAUUAGGAAUAGGGUUAUCUAUAUUGAUAUUCAGGAGGGAACAUUUUCGAGUAUGCUCUCUGUUGACCCCGAAACAGUUCAUUGGACAGAAACUCCUGAAUCUAAUGAGAUUCAAUACUUAGGUUCUGGACUUAAUAGACUUGAAUUGGGUGACUUCGAAUUGAGGAAUAAUAGUUUGUUAACAUCUGUUCAAUUUGCAAAGGGACUACAAAAAGGAUUGAUAAGAGUAUUUAUUGAUGGCUUAACCCCUCCAGAUAUGAAUAAUACUGAAUCAGUGAGCUAUGAAAACCACGAUCUUGAAAUGAAUGAACUUCAACUCCCUGAAGGUGAUAAUCCAACAGAAAUGGACAAUUCUAUAGUUAAAAAUAUGAUUUCAAAACCUCCAGUUGCUGAUAAACGCUACUUCGUCCAAUUCCAGCCAUCUGAUUUCAGAAAAGAUUUCGGUCAAUCAACCAUUCCUCUAUUGGACAUCAGAGAAGUUGCUUCCAAUCCUCCAGCACCUUUGAAUGGUUUUGGAUUUUAUCAUGAAGCUGUUAGCGGAUCUGGUGGACUUAUUGCGAUUAAAUUGAUCACACCAAAAUUGACUGACCACGUCGAUAUUUUAAGUGAAAAUUAAUUUUAUUCUUAUGAUAUUGAUAAGGCUUGAAGUUAAAAAUGAGUUUAUUUAGUUGAUUGUCUAGAAGCAUUCAGAAAUCAUUUCACUGGUUUGAACAUUUUGAUUGGUAUUUCUUAUUUCGAUUUUUUUUUAAACGCCAUAAAUUAGUUUUCGAUUGGAAAGAAAUAAUGUGAAUAUUUUACAAAUUGUAAUAUUAAAAUAUUUUAGUAUGACACCAAGAAAAAAAUGGUUUUGUAACUCAACUAUUAAUACGAUUGUUUACGUGUUUCAAAAUUGUAUCGAAAUUUAAAUCACUAAAUUUGCUAUUCAUAAAAUUUAUUAAAUGCUCUUUAUGAUCUCCAAUACAUAUAACAGUUUAGUUGAUUUCACUUGAAAUUCUUUAAAGUUGUACACCAUUUCGGUAAAAAAGUCUUAAUCUGGUAUUCUGGAGUUAUAAAACGAUAAUAUAAGGGGAUGUAAUAUUAAGUGACUUUACAAUGUCUCAUAUUUAAGUUGCUUGUUGGUAAUUAAUCUACCAAUCUCUGGGAAAUCUGGCUGUUACAAAUUUUUAGCUUAUUGUAGAUAAUUUUCUGAUAGUGAAAAAAUCGUUAUGUUAAAAAAGUACAACCAGACAAAUGCAACUUAUUAUAAUAUUACACGUUUAUAAAACAUUGAAAGCAUAUUUCCAUUGACAGAUCUGACAAUAGUGCAAGAUAUACAAAUUAGCAAAUAUAAUUAAUUUGGAAAAUUAAAUUAUCAUUUCAGUAGCUAACUUUACUUUAAUAGUAAUUGAAAA